CGGUAAGAUGGCGGCGGGGGAGCGGGGCGGACACCUGGCGGCUCUGGUUUUGGCCCGGGGGGGCAGUAAGGGGAUCCCCCAGAAAAACAUCAAGAAAUUGGCGGGAAAACCUCUGAUUGGCUGGGUGCUGCGGGCCGCGGGGGACAGCGGGGUGUUCGACAGGUAACCGGGGGGGCCACAGGGGAGAGACGGGGUAACAAGGGGAGACGGGGGGUAACAAGGGGAGAGACGGGGCAACAAGGGGAGAGACGGGGCAACAAGGGGAGAGACGGGGAGACCGGGGGGCAAAAUAAGGGGAGAGUAAUGGGUAACAAGGGGAGAGAGACGGGGCAACAAGGGGAGAGAGACGGGGUAACAAGGGGAGAGACGGGGGUAACAAGGGGAGAGACGGGGAGACUGGGGGGUAACAAGGGGAGAGACUGGGGCACAAGGAGAGAGACGGGGUAACAAGGAGAGAGAGUGGGGGUAACAUCAUGGGAGGACGGGCAACAAGGGGAGACGGGGACUGGGGCACAAGGGGAGAGACUGGGGGUAACAAGGGGGAGAGAGACGGGGGUAACAAGGGGAGAGACUGGGGUAACAAGUGGGGGAGAGACGGGGUAACAAGGGGAGAGACGGGGUAACAAGUGGGGAGAGGACUGGGGUAACAAGGGGGGAGAGACUGGGGUAACAAGGGGGAGAGACUGGGGUAACAAGGGGAGAGACUGGGGGUAACAAAGGGGAGAGACUUGGGGUACCAAGGGAGAGAGACUGGGGGUAACAAAGGGGAGAGACGGGUGGGAGACUGGGGUAAACAAGGGGAGAGACUGGGGGCAAUAAAGGGGAGAGACGUAACAAGGGGGAGAGAGACGGGGGGUAACAUGGGGGCGGGGCCGGGGGGUAACAAGGGGUGUUGGACAGGUAGGGGCAGACAGCCACACUACGUUCUGGAAGUAGAGGCAGACACUGUCUCAGGAUAGAGUUCUGAUUGAUUUGUGUGUUUUAUUGUUUAGUGUCUGGGUUUCUACUGACAGCGAUGACAUUGAAAAAGUGGCUAAAGAUUAUGGAGCCCAGGUUCACCGUCGCAGCGCACAGGUUUCCAAAGAUACUACAUCCUCCCUGGAAACAAUCCAGGAGUUUCUGAAAUAUCACCCAGGUGAGGAUUCUCUGAGUGAACUGCUUGGCGGUCUGCAUGUGGCGCUGGAAGUUGUGCGGUCUGCAUGGGAGCGCUGGGCAGUCUGCAUGUGGCGCUGGGAGUUGCGUGGUCUGCAUGGGCGCUGGGCGUUGAGUGGUCUGCAUGGGCGCUGGGCAGUUUGCUUGGAGCGCUGCGCAGUCUUCAAGGCGCUCAUUAUUACUCUCUUUUUACUUGUAUUAAUUGUUAGAGAUGGACCGAUAUUGAUUUUUUUUUUUUUUUUUUUUAGAGCCGUUCAUCUGUGAACUUUCAGGCCGAUAGCCGAUAACUUACAGAUAUUCUGUACAUUUACUGGUUUGAAAAAAUAAACAAUUUCUACACAAAACUGAACAUGUUUAUUAAUUAUUUAUUUAUUGCUAAUUUUUAUUUUUUAAGGUAAAUGCACAAAAUAUACAUACUGGUCAGAAUUUGUUUUCAAGAAUACAUGUGUGUAGUGGAUGCAGUGAGAGUAUUUGAUUAGGGGAUGCAGUGUGUGUGUGUAAUUUGUGUAGUGUGUGUAUUUAAUAAAUGCGGAGUGUGUGUGUAUAGUAAAUGCAGUUUGUGUAGGUAUGUAAUGUGUGUAAAACAGGAGGGGGGGGCAUUUUUAUUUUUUUAACAUUUUGUUUUAGCCCCCCUCCCUGUUUCUUACCUGGCCAGGGAGGGGGGAUAUGGCAUUCCCUGGUGGUCCGGUGGGAAGGACUGUGCAGAGGGGGCCCAGCAAAGACUCUUACCUCCCUUCCCAGCAACUCCCUUGUCUAACUCUCGCGGCUUGUGUGCUGCGCGGAGCGUUGCCAUGGUAACCCGUGGCAAGGCCCUGACAGCCGCGGGACUCACAAGAUUUUGACAGGGGAGCUGCUGGGAAGGUAAGUAAGAGUGUGCUGCGGGCCCUCCAGGACCGCCGGCCCAUGACAACCGUCUUGGUUGUCAUGCACUGAUGGCGGCACUGGUCUGCAUUAUCGGUAUCUUUUAUAGGCAGAUACCGAUAUUGCUGAAAAUUCAGAAUAUCGGUCGAUCCCUAUUAAUUGUAGCUAUGGACAGCAUUGUUGAAUGUGUUGGCGCUUUAUAAAUAAAGUAUAAUUAUAUCAGAAUAGCAGGCUACGACAAAGUAUGUCCUAGUUUUUUGCACUAACAUGUCAAGUUAUUCUUUAAUGUUUUCUGUAUUUCUCUAACUGUUUUUUUAAUUUAUUUUUUAUACUUUCCAAAGAGGUUGACAUUGUCGGAAAUAUCCAGGCCACUUCGCCUUGUCUCCACCCAGAAGAUCUCAUGCGUGUGGUAGACAUGAUCCGAAUAGACGGUUUUGACUCUGUGUUUUCCGUGGUGAGACAUCACUUGUUUCGAUGGAAAGAUGUGAAGACGACAGGUGAUUAGCCUUUAUUUCUGUCUUUAUAGUGAGGUAUGGGCUAGCUUGGGGUGAUGCACUUUAACUGCUUGUUUGAUAUUUUUUUCAUGUGUAUUGUAUAAUUCUUCUCUAACCACUAAUUGAUCUCCAUUGAGAGCAAGCCUAGUGGUAGCGAGUGUAUGAUUUUCCAACAUAGUUCGUGUGACGAAAGUAACCUAGUCACUGGCUUCUGUAAGAGCCUGUUUGCCAGCCUCCUACCCUGUGACUAUGGCCCCUGUGUCAAAUCCUUGUUAGAACUACUGUGUGCCAUUCAAACACCAUCUUGUUUAGUCGAACGAAUCCAGCGGUGUUUGGUCGUCGAGUGCAUGGAAGUCAAACUAGACAAUCGACGGCACGAACACCGCUAAACUUUUACCUUCUGUGAAGAAAUUCCCCUAUUUGGCUUCAAAAUGAAAAUUUGUAUUCACUUGUUUCAUGCUAGCUUUCCAUAUGGCAUUCGGUAGGUAAAACUACCGAAUCGAGACCACCCCGUUGCCCAUUAUGAAUACUUUACCUCCCUGCUUGCUGGGCAUGUUCGACAAAAGUUCUGCACGAACGGUAUGCACCGCCACCAUUUCGGGACUUCCACGUGUUCGUUGCCAUUUUAGCUCCCGAACAGCGGUGUUUGCCGUCGAGUGUCUGGAACUGAAAACGGACACUCAAAUAGGCGAACACCCCUGAAUCCUCCAUACCUUCGGUAAAACCCCACUAAAACUACCGAAUGACCGGGCAUUCGGUAAAAAGACUCACUGACAGAUGGGGAGUCAAGCGAACCAUGGAUGGCCGGCCGUUCGGGAGGUUUUUCAUGCGACCUAAGACCGACUGCAGGGUCAGAAUUCGUGGAACUGUUUUCGGCUAUUUUGCCCGUGCACUCGGUCAAAACUUCUAAGUCCUAUAUCUCCCGAACGGCUGAACCGAAUGGACUGAUUUUUUCAUAUGUUGGUCCCCCAGAGUACAGCUAUCUUGGGGUACAUCCAGACUUUGGGGAAAUUAUGUUCCGUUUUAAUUAUGUUAAAUGGUUAUCUGAGGGCAGGAGAUGUACAGUAUGUAUAUUGUUAGGAUUGGAUGUAUGGCUAAUUUAUAUGGGAGGCUCCCUUGCAUGGGCAGAAUCCCAUAAAGAGAGAAUGCCUGUCAAUAAAUCCUUAGUUCAUCUUUGUACCCUUCUGACUACGUAUGCUGUUUGGGAGUUUGUGUGUUUUACUGAGGGAAUUAUCCAGGGACACUAUUGGAAUUACACUGGGAUUCGUCUACCAUAACUACCGAACGGAGGGCUAUGUUCACUGGGCUCUGGCGGUUUGGGAGGAAACUACCGAUUGAGGUUUAAAUGCACUUGGUUUCCUUACACUUUCCAUGGAGGUCCAGCUAUUCGAACGGGCGUUGAGCGGCGUUGGGUAAAAAGAAACCCACGAACAGUAGACACAUAAUGACUGUAUCCACAAACAGCUACGUUUGAUAAUUAGAACGGUCUUUCGACUAUUUGAAAUAGACUGGCUGCACAGCCUGCUUCUCUGUAACUGUUUUAGGCAUGUAACCAUGCGUGCGGUCGGUCAAAAAGAGACUUCCAGCAAUUUCCUGAAUUCCGGCUUUGAUCUGGGUGAUUUUUGGACAUGUCCAUCCAGAUAUCAGGGGAUGUUACAUUAUGGGGAUAUGUUGUGUUUUUGGGUACUUAUGGGACUUUGUAAAAUAUGUGGGGUUUUUUCCUGCCUGGAGAUAAUUGGGUUAAUACAGCAUCUGACUCCAUUAUCUCACAGGCAGAGGGGAGGGAUUGUAUGUUUGUUCUGAUUGGUUUGUAAGCUUUGUUUCCCUGUCCCCAACAAGGUCCAUGUGGGCGUACACCUUGCUUGGGGACUUGCAUAAAAGGCCAGCUGUGGCUUCUAUUAAACAGAAUGCUUUACCCCUUCAUGAAGUCUUGGUUCAUGUUUGGGGGAUUGGAGAACUACACUCUGGGGAUUGCUAUAUCACAAUACUCCCAUGAGUAUAAUCACUAGCUCUUCUAAGAGCUUGUUCCUGCUACGCUCUCUGGAGUAGGAGUGAUCUACCCACUGGAAGCUGGAUCCUGGUCUUGGGUCCAGUGUGGGCAGAGGACGGCAAGACCCCAACCAAGCUGCGGCGGUUCAUGGAGUCUACAGUGCUUAUGGUGUCUGGUGGAGUGCUUGGAUCCCUCGGUGAGCACUAGGAGCAUCGAUUGACGGAAGUACCCGGUCGGGGUGCCAGGCGGUUCGUCACAGUCUGUAACCAAUGUUUUACGUGUAUCCUCAGUUUUUAAAGGCAUUUGUUCCCAUUUUGUAAAUUGACAUUUCCUAAACCCAAUUGAUAUGUAAAUGUAAUUUUCUUUCCUAAGGCACGAUGUAUUGUCUGUCCUGUCACUUGAUUUUUUUUUCUGAACACUCCCAAGGAGGCAGUUAUGCCUUCCAGGCGAUGUGUACUUUCUCUCUAGUCUAAAUAGACCCCUUUUAAUGCUGUAUAUUUCUAUCUCUCAUCUACUAAACAUGCAGAAAAACAUAAUCCAGCAUGUAUUAUUAAAACAUAUAAUUGCCAUAUUUAAAACAUUGUUUGAUAAACCUUUCUGCUUGCUUUAAGUGAUGAUCUUAUUCUUUCACUGUAACAUGGCGUUAAAUAUACUUUCCAGGUCGGAAGUGUCUGUUUUUUUGGGAGCAGUGUUGAAGGGUAAUACUUUUAAAAUGCAGACUUGACAAGGAUACUAGUACACAUCAGUCGCAAUACAUACACAAAAAAAAACAAGGAAAAACUUUACUUGCGCAUAUUUAAAUAACUGGAGGUUUUCGAAUCACUCCAGUGACCAUUCGAUUGUAAGCCACAUCAAGGCAAACUACUUGCCUACACAAAUGGUUCACCUUGCUUCCUUCGGGUGAAAAAAAACAGACAGAGAGGGGUAUCUUUCUAACCCCUACAUACUUAUUAACCCUUAAUAGGGAGCACAUGGGAUGGGCGCAAGCAAUGACUAAUGAGACAGAGAGGGGUAUCUUUCUAACCCCUACAUACUUAUUAACCCUUAAUAGGGAGCACGUGGGGUGGGCGGCAGCAAUGUCUGAGACAGAGAGGGGUAUCUUUCUAACCCCUACAUACUUAUUAACCCUUAAUAGGGAGCACAUGGGGUGGGCGGCAGAAAUGUCUGAGACAGAGAGGGGUAUCUUUCUAACCCCUAUACACUUAUUAGCCUUUAAUAGGGAGCACGUGGGGUGGGCGGCAGCAAUGUCUGAGACAGAGAGGGGUUUCUUUCUAACCUUUACAUACUUAUUAACCCUUAAUAGGGAGCACAUGGGGUGGGCGGCAGCAAUGUCUGAGACAGAGAGGGGUAUCUUUCUAACCCCUACAUACUUAUUAACCCUUAAUAGGGAGCACAUGGGGUGGGCGGCAGAAAUGUCUGAGACAGAGAGGGGUAUCUUUCUAACCCCUAUACACUUAUUAGCCUUUAAUAGGGAGCACGUGGGGUGGGCGGCAGCAAUGUCUGAGACAGAGAGGGGUUUCUUUCUAACCUUUACAUACUUAUUAACCCUUAAUAGGGAGCACAUGGGGUGGGCGGCAGAAAUGUCUGAGACAGAGAGGGGUAUCUUUCUAACCCCUAUACACUUAUUAACCCUUAAUAAGGAGCACAUGGGGGGGCAGCAGUAUUGUAACAUAACUGUGUGAUGCAAAUACGAAUACCCAAAAAAAACCUGCACUCAGACUCCCACCACUCCUGGGUGGCAGCAACGACUAUAGUACACAUCAUCCCCAAUACAUACAAUAAAAACCAAAGAAAAACUUUACUUGCUCACUAUCUCAAAUCCUUAUGCAUAUUUAACUGGAGGUUUUUUAACAUCACUCCACUGGCCAUUAGAUUGUAAGCUUCACUACCACGUCAAGGCAAACCUCUUAGGGGAGUCCUACACUGACAAGUCACCUUGCUUCCUUCAGCUUCCGGUGAGAAAAAUCUCUGACACAGACCCUAAGAGACUUGCCUUGAUGUGGCAGGUGAGCUUACAAUCUAAUUUCCAUUGGAGUGAUACAAAAUACCUUGCCAUGCAUGACUUCCAUAUUGUUACAGGGUGAAACCAAGGCCCGAUCAUACUAGCUGAGAAACAUGAAAAGAAAUGAAAGGAUUUUCAUACAUGUAUUUCAAUAUCUUUUACUAUAAAUAUAGGUGAAAAGUUUUAUUUUCUUGUGCAGGUGGACUGACUGCCCCUGAAAACUUCAACACCGCAUGUAGACCACGCCGGCAGGAUUGGCACGGAGAGCUCUAUGAAAAUGGCUCCUUUUACUUUGCAACAGCAGAACUUAUCAAACAGGGAUACCUGCAGGUUGAUUAUUUAGUUUAUCAUGUCAUUUAUUUAGUAUAUGGUGGGUCAAAAUGUAGAGUAAGGUUUGAUGCGUCAAUUCCUUUUUUAAUUAAUGAACUAAUUUCAGUGAUCAUACAUCAUUCUGAGCUUAUAUUCUCCUCGAGCUGCUGAAGUGUACGCAGUUUGUUCACAUACACACGCUCCUUCAGAUAUCCCCACAUCACGUAAUUGGGAGCUGAAUGGUUGGGAAAAGCUGGCAGCCAAGCCAUCUGGCAAUUUCUUAAAAUUAUCCAUUCACUGAAAGUUGUCUCAGGAAGUCCAUUGUGGCCCUAGCUGUACGGACACGAGCCUUAUCCCAUUGAAUCCACAUUUCACAAUCUCGUUUUUCUUUAUGCAUAAAAAUUACUUUAAAAAUAGAAUUCUGCUAUAUUUACUCGUUCCUUCGUGAUAUUACCUAUGAUGACUCUCGAAAGACUCUGUUAUAAUAUGUACCUGCAACAAAAAAUGUAAAUACUACUCUGAAUUUUGGCCCACCCUGUAUUAUGUAAGGUUAAUGCAAUUUUAGGUCAUUAUUUUACCAUUUUUUUUGUUAGUCUUUCUUUUAUUGAGAUGUUUGCAAGAUAUACAUAGAAAAUUACAAUAAACCAGAAUUUAUUUUGUGAAAUGUAAGGCAAUAAGCAAGGUAUGGAACAGUGUCUAGGCACAUAAAAGUAGCAAGUCAUUAUGACACAGGAGAAAUGCCAGAUAAGGUGAGUAUUAAAGGAUCACUAUAGGGUCAGGAACACAAACAUGUAUUACUAACCCUAUAGUGUUAAAACCACCAUCUAACCCCCCUAGACCCCUCAUGCCUCCAUAAAUAUAGCAAAAUCUUACUGCAUUCAAGCCUGAAGCUGUAUAUCUGCAUGCUGUUUGCCUCAGAAAAACAAGCAGUCUGCAGACAUCAUCAGAAGUGGUAGCCUGAUCCAAUCACAGUGCUUCCCCAUAGGAUUGGCAGAGACUGACAAGGAGGCAGAUCAGGGGCAGCACAAUUCAAACACAGCCCUGGCCAAUCAGCAUCUCCUCAUAGAGAUGAAUUAAAUCAAUGAAUCUCUAUGAGGAAAGUUCAGUGUCUGCAUGCAGCGGGAGGAGAUACGGAAUGUUUGGAUGCAUUUUAGGCAGCCAUGACCCAGGAAGGAUCUCUAACAGCCAUCUGAGGAGUGGCCAGUGAAGUUAUCACUAGGCUGUAAUGUAAACACUGCAUUUUCUCUGAAAAGACAGUGUUUACAGCAAAAAUCCUGAAGGUAAUGAUUCUACUCACCAGAACAAAUUCAAUAAGCUGUAGUUGUUCUGGUGACCAUAGUGUCCCAUUAAACUAAUAAAGUCACAGAAGAGCAUGCUAGAUCACGUUGGUAUGAUUAAGUGAACAAUUAUUUUAGUAGAGUGUAAUAAAAUAAGACAAGAGGAACACUGUGCUAGGCAUUCAAAGCUAUGGAUGAAGGAAGACCAAGCUUAUGCACAGAUAGUGUAUCCAACUGUCUGAAAUAAAUGAGAAAUCGGCUGGCUUAGAAUAGAAAGACUAUGAUCUGUGCAGGAGUGUCGUGGGUAGGCCGUCAACCUGGAACCGACACCACACAAUCAGAGGUUGCCUACAUACUUCUUGAGGAAGAGACGUUCUGGAUUACCAGACAGGUCUACGGAGCUAAUAUACUGGACAGUCAUCCAAUACCUCUACGGGGCUUUGAUCUCCGACGGAUAUACAGUCCACCUAGGAAAGCUGCAAAACAGUGCCAAGUCAGGGAGCCUCUCAGGCCAGUGUCUGCAUGAAAGCCAGUACCUUUUCGCCACAAACUUUUAAAGUCUAUGUUCUUCCCUUCCUGGAUAAUGCGAUGAGCUCUGUGUGUCACAGGUUUUGUUUCUUUUUGUAUAUUGUGUGGCCUUCUGCUUGCGUGGCUGGUACGUUAAGGUCCAACCACUCUUAGCUCUCAGCCCAGGUAGGUGAGGGGUGGAGUCUCGCAAUGCGCCUCCCAGACCUUUCCCCACUGUGUCUUUAUUCCCAUCCAGACUGGGUAUGUUCAGCUGCUGCGGAUUUCAUCCCUUCUAUCAGGGUGGUCCAGAAGCAUGCAAGUACCACUCUUGUUUAGCUAUGUUGUAGUGGUGUGGAUCCGGUAAGUCCGCAUAGUUCAGUUGCAGGCCUCUAGUCGCCGGGUCGUGCGUGUCGGCCAUUUUAGUGACAACUGCCCUUUACCGACCAGAAAAUGAUUGGGGGUCCACGUAAAGCUGAGUAAUCGUCGUGGCCCAAGCCUGCAGGGACUGGGAUAACCACCACUGGUCUGGAGGGAGUAGGGGGUGCAGGAACCCUACAGCACCCACUUAGUCUAUCGGGGUGACCAACGCAGAGAUCGGUUGCCUCUCCCACGUCUGCACCCACAGGUAUGCCGCAAAAGCUCUUCAGGUGUAGGCUGAUCGUCUCGUAUCAAGAAACUUUGGAGAGAAAUAGUUUACCAUUUUUAAAGGAUCACUAUUGUGUCAGGAAAACAAACUUGUUUCCUGACACUAUAUACUCCUUAGUACCCUCCCCCCCCCACCCUCAGGGCCUCCUUCCCUUAAAACCCCUUCAGCUACUUACCUUAAUCCAGCGCCGGGCUCCCUUGGCCCUGUGGACCUCUCUUCCCCUGCCGUCAGCUUCUGAGUGGAGCGGCAAGAGCCGCACGCGCAUUUAAACAGUCCAUAGGAAAGCAUUUCUCAAUGCUUUCCUAUAGAUGUUCUACACGCUGAAUGCGAUUUUCGCAUCCAGUGUCGCAGAAGCGCCUCUAGCGGCAGUCAGACAGCCACUAGAGCCUGGAUUAACCCUGCAAUGUAAACAUAGCAGUUUCUCUGGAACUGCUAUGUUUACGUCUGAAGGGUUAAAACCUGCGGGACCUGACGCACAGACCACUUCAUUGAGCUAAAGUGGUCUGGGUGACUAUAGUGUCCCUUUAAUAGUCAUUUUAAAAUCUUUAUACAUUUAUUUACAACGAAAGAAUAAAUCAGUUUCUAGAAGUAUCCGAUAUUUACCGUAUCUCUGUUCAUUCUUGUAAAAUAUAAUGCUUAAAGUAAACGGCUGGAUGUGACAACAACUAGCAAAUGCUUUGAAAUAUCUUUUUUUUUAUUAUUAUUAUUAUUUAUAUAGCGUCUACAAAUUCCGCGGCACUGUACAAUGGGUGGACUAAGAGACACGUAAUUGUAACCAGACAAGUUUGCGCACAGGAACAGAGGGAUUGAGCUUACAUGAGCUAGAGGGAGUGGGGUAUAGUGAAACAAAGGGUAAGGAUCGUAUUAGAGAAGUAGAUUGGUGGAAUAGUAUUCACUGAAGAUUUAGUGUGUGUUUUUUCUUUGUUUUUUUGACAGUUGCAGGAGAGGAAUCAGUUGGGAGCUAUUAACUGUUUAAUUGAUAUUGCUAACUCAACCCAUUCUUGUAAUGACUUUUUUCAGGGUGGGAAAAUGGCUUAUUACGAGAUGAAACCAGAACAUAGUGUGGAUAUUGACAUUGAUCUCGACUGGCCAAUUGCAGAGCAGCGAGUUAAGAGGUAAAACAUUAAAGUGAGAUGUAUACAUGAAAAGAUAGUUUGUAUGAUAUGUUAUAUAGCACAUCCUAUCUGUGACUUGGGUUAAUCUGGGUUCAAUAUUUCACGAUUUAAUUAUAUUUAUAAUUUUAUCUCUAGAGACUUUUAAUAGAUUUCUAAGAUUAGUCCUUCUUUAACCUCCUUAAGGACCAAACUUCUGGAAUAAAAGGGAAUCGUGACAUGUCACACAUUAAGGGGUUAAAGAAGCACUAGAGAAAAACUUGUUUUCCUGGCACUAUAGGGUUAUUAGGUCCUGCCCCACCCUCAUGGCCCCCCACCUGCUGGGCUAAAGGGGUUAAAAUCCCUUCAGCCACUUACCUUAAUCUGGAGCUGGUGACCUCUUCUCCCCCUGCUGGCGUCUGCUCCGAAUGCGCGUAUGUGGCAAGAGCUGCACGCUCAUUCAAACCGCCCAUAGGAAAGCAUUACUCAAUGCUUUCCUUUCAACGUCCAGCGUCCUCUCAGUGUGAUUUUCACAGUGAGAAGCGCCUCUAGCGUCUGUCCGUGAGACAGCCACUAGAGACUGGAUUAACCCUCAGUGUAAACAUAGCAGUUUCUCUGAAAUAGCUAUGUUUACAGUGUCAGUAUAUUUAUAUCGGCAGACAUUUUGUGUUAAGACAGAAAUUAAGUGUAUAUUGCCAGUCACACUCAGAACAUAGAUGACUCCAUAUUUGUAUUACAAGGCUAAGAAAGACACAGAAUUUCUUUUUAUCACUCUAUUCAUUCAAGUCUGAGCUAAGGAAUGCGUUAUUUAAACAAGAUAAAUGAUGUCUAACAGCAGAAGGGGGAUGGAAUACUAACCCAGAGACAAAUGUAUACAUAAUUAUAUAUACAUAUACACACUAUCCACUUAUAAUACUAUUUUUAUAUUAAUCACAUAUAAUUAGUAUCAUGUUAAUAAUAUAGACCAUUCAUGGAUAAAUACUCAUGAAGAAAUAUCAUAUAAUUUAAUAAUAUUAGUGGGAUACAAUUAAUCUUAAACACAGGUUCACAAAAGAACCAGACACCAAUGACAGUUAACACUUAGUAAUUAAUUUUACUUUCUAAAUCUUACAAAGUCCCAUUGUAAGUAAAGGGUGAAAUUAAGGUUAGGAGGUGUCAAUUCUAAAUUACGAUCGAAAUUGCAGACACCCAGACUGGGGUAAAGCCUUUGAAAUUGGCAGGACAUUAGAGUUAUUGGGGGCCAUAAAGAUAGGCCAAAAUGAAGUAAAACUCAUCGAAACCAGUUACCCCAUUAUGCAAAAAGGCAAAUGGACCCCAUGACAAGAAAUUUUGGUGAUGUAAUUGCGCCAUCUACUGACCAAAAUCUAGAUGAUAGUCUUUAGGGAAGACGCACCUACAGUUCCCUAUUGGUCCUAUCAAUUAGUGACGUGCAGAGAGUUUGGCCCUUUAAAAAGUAAGGACAAAGGGAAGACGAGAGAUUCAGACAUUCAACUCUUUGGGACAUUCAUUCUCUUUGGACCACUUUUAAACUCUCUUUGAAACAUAAUCUGACUUGGACUAUACUUAAACACUCUCCUAGACACCAAAAUUUUAAUAUUAUUUUUUUUUCUAACCAACACCACUUUUAUCUAUUCCCAUACAAUCCCCUUCAUACUUGCAUUCAAAUUCCUGGGACCUAUCUACACAUCUGAGAGAAAAUCUACAACCUAGGGUUAGCAUGCCGCAUGUUAUCCAGAUGUAUUGACUUGUUCUGAAAUAAGAGUAUAUCUUAUUUAGGAAAGUAAAAAUUCGGCAAAUGUAAAAUCUGGUAGAAUUAUUCUUAUUGGAUGGUCCUAGGAACUGGUUAAAGGACCACUAUAGUGCCAGGAAAACAUACUAGUUUUCCUGGCACUAUAGUGCCCUGAGGGUACCCUCACCCUCAGGGUCCCCCUUCCACCCGGCUCUAGGGGGAGGAAGGGGUUAAACUUGCCUCUUUCUCCAGCACCGGGCGGGGAGCUCUCCACCUCCCUGACUGAAUGCGCAUGCGCGGCAAGAGCUGCGCACGCAUUUAGCCAGUCUCAUAGGAAAGCAUUAUCAAUGCUUUCCUACGGACGCUGGCGUCCUCUCACUGUGAUUUUCACAGUGAGAAGCACGCAAGCGCCUCUAGCAGCUGUCAAUGAGACGGCCACUAGAGGCUGGAUUAACCCUAAUAAAAAUAGCAGUUUCUCUGAAACUGCUAUGCUUAUAGAAAAAAGGGUUAGUCCUGGCUGGACCAGGCACCCAGACCACUUCAUUAAGCUGAAGUGGUGUGGGUGCCUAUAGUGGUCCUUUAAUGAUCUGAUUUGAACAUUACUUUAAUUGUACAAAUACAAUAUAAUUGGAUAUAUUGCCUGUGAGGAUUGUAGCCGGCAGUGAAAGUGUAGUCUGUCAGCCAAAGUUGUUAUUGUAUUCUGUGGAGUUUUGUCUUCUUUUUGUAAAGUUGGUUUCUAAGUGAAGUGCCCUAUCAUAAAUCUUUUAACAACUGGUCGCUUUUUGACGCUGUAUUGUGUUUAAACUAUUGCCAUAUUGUAUGCCUAUCUUAUACUAAGUAUUCACUGAUUGUCACGCAUGUUACAUAUUAUUAUUUUAUUAUUGUCACAAUAAAUUACAUUUUUAUAAUUGUGAUUUUACUGUGUGAAGUAAAAAUCCUCUAAUGAGCUUCCUCUAGGAUCUAAGAGAAUUAACAUCUUGAGUAAUUCUCAGCUUUAUAUUAUCAUUAUUCGGGGAAACAGUGCUAAGAUAUCGAUUUUGAUCUAAUAAAAUGUAUUAAAUUAAUUUUUGGUAAUUUUUAUGAAAAUAUUUUAAUAUUUAUCACCCCAAUAAAUAUCCUCACAACAGCUGCAGGGUUAAAACUAGAGGGACCUGGCUCACAGACCACUUCAUUGAGCUGAAAUGGUCUGGGUGCCUAUAGUGGUCCUUUAAGGAGUGAGGUGAUUGAUAUGUAACAUUUAUACACCUUGCUUCCUUUUAUUGAUACAUUUUAUGGUACUCAGAUAUGGCAUGCACACAUGGUUUCCCACCACUAGAGGUCGCAAUCUGCAUAUAGUUUGAGAGCACAGGAUUGUCAUUAAAGGGACCGUGUUUGCAGGAGCUGUGCCUCACUUCCAUUUUAAAAGUAUUACAUAUAUAAUGCAAGAGUAAAACAAAAGAAUUAGGGGUUACCUGCAAAUAAACCAUGCGGUGCAAGUAUGCUGCUUUCUGAAUUUGCCAACCAAUUUGACAUGAUCAUACAGAGCGUGGAGACGCUGAACGUUGGUGCUGCACACUGUUGAGUAGUCCUACUGUAGGUAUACCUAGGCUGUAACGUAAACACUGCCUUUUCUCUGAAAAAAACUGUAUUUGUAUGAAAAUGCCUGCAGGGACAGGCUAUAGACACCAGAAACAAUGCAAAAUGCGGUAGUUCUGGUGACUAUAGUGUCCCUUUUAAGCUGCCGGAAUUGUUGUAACUGAACCAAAUGUUGUAUAGGGAGAGGUAUUAGCAGUAGAAAGAGGGAAGUGCUCAAGCCAUUGUACAGAACACUGGUGAGACCUCACUUGGAGUAUUGUACACAGUACUGGAGACCGUAUCUUCAGAAGGAUAUUGAUACCUUAGAGAGGGUUCAGAGGAGGGCUACUAAACUGGUUCAUGGAUUGCGGGAUAAAACUUACCAGGAAAGGUUAAAGGAUCUUAACAUGUAUAGCUUGGAGGAAAGACGAGACUGGGGGGAUAUGAUAGAAACAUUUAAAUAUAUAAAGGGAAUCAACACAGUAAUGGAGGAGACUAUAUUUAAAAGAAGAAAAACUACCACAACAAGAGGACAUAGUCUUAAAUUAGAGGGACAAAGGUUUAAAAAUAAUAUCAGGAAGUAUUGCUUUACUGAGAGGGUAGUGGAUGCAUGGAAUAGCCUUCCAGCUGAAGUGGUAGAGGUUAACACAGUAAAGGAGUUUAAGCAUGCGUGGGAUAGGCAUAAGGCUAUCCUAACUAUAAGAUAAGGCCAGGGACUAAUGAAAGUAUUUAGAAAAUUGGGCAGACUAGAUGGGCCGAAUGGUUCUUAUCUGCCGUCACAUUCUAUGUUUCUACAUGAGCUCAUGCAAACCCCCUCCCCAAAAGAAAAGCAAUCUAAUAGCAGGGGUGGGGAAACGUUGGCCCACCAGAUGUGGUGGACUACACCAUGAUGCUUUUCUAGCAUUAUGGCUGUAAGAGCAUUAUGGGAGAUGUAGUCCAAAACAUCUGGAGGGCUGAAGGUUCCCCACCCCUGACACUAUAGUACACUAGUCACCAAAGCAACUGUAGCUUAAUGAAGCCGUUUUAGUGUAUAGAUCACACUCCUGCAGUCUCACUGCUCAAUUCUCUGCCAUUUACUAGUUAAAUCACUUUGUUUAUACAGCCCUUGUCACACCUCCCUGCGUGUCUUACACAACCUUCCUAAAUACUUCCUGUAAAGAGACAUCUAAUGUUUAUAUUUCCUUUAUUUCAAAUUGUGUGAUUUAGAAUUUUUUAAUAUCGCCUGAAUAGAUUGCUUAACCUGGCAGGAGUCUCCUGUGUGUGAUUAAAGUUCAAUUUACAGAGAAAGAGAUUAUAAAAAAUAAAUAAAUUUAAAGUAAGUAACAUCUUACAGCCUUCGUGAAAACAAGACACCGCUCUGUUUCCAUGCAGGUUGUGUCAGUCACGGGAGGUGUGCCUAGGGCUGCAUAAACCGAAACAAAAUGAUUUAACUCCUAAAUGGCAGUGAAUUGAGCAGUAAAACUUCAGAUGCAUGAUCUAUACACCAAAACAGUUUCAUUAAGCUAAUGUUUUGUUGCCCAUCGUGUCACUUUAAAACUAAUAACAUAAAACUAAGAACAUUAUUUGUCUUAUCUAAACCUUCUCCUGAUUCAUUUCACCACACAGAGAGAAAGCACUCCUUUACGUUAAAGUCCUCUAGACCGCUAAGCUUGCUAAAGUACUUGUUUUUUUGUUUUUGUUUGUUUUUUUUAAAUUCCUUUUUCAUGAGAAAGCACUUUAAUAAAAUGUUAUAGGUGUGCCCCUCUGGCAAUCAGACUGACAUCUGAGAGGACCAAACAACUCCAACUACACCAACGAGAUGGAGCCCGCAAGCAAAAUACACUGGAACCUUUUUCCUCCAUAGCGCCCCCUAGAGAUUGAAAUGCACAAUUCUAAUAGUUAAGAAUUGCAUCCUCAGUAUUUCAUUUUUUGUUAUUUUGCUGGAUUUACAGGGAAUGAAAUAUACAGUAAAUAUGAUUCGUGUGCAUGUAUAAGAGAUGGCAAUAUAGAGGAUCCAAGAUACUCCAGAUAACAUUUAUCUGCGUUGAAUUAAACAUUAUAGAGUAACCGUAUCUUGCUGUAGGUUUAAUAUUUUAGCUUCGACAUCUUUAUAGUCUCAAAAAGCAGAAUUACAUGAGGGGUGUUGCAUAAGUCUUGUAUGAGAUAGAAUUGAAUACAUAGAAAAGAUAAUGAAGAUAUUUUAUGGUAAUAAGUAUUUCCUGGAAUGCUAUCAUUGUUAUUUUGUUAAUAUUAAAUCAUAUCGUUUCCUGUAACUCCAACCUGUACAGUUUGCAAGGGAAACGUAGGCGAAGAGAGGAAUAGGAUCCUCAGUAUUUUCUUACGGUUUUCUCACUCAUUUGAGAAUUUUAAGGGAAUUUCAAAUUUAAGGUCAAAAUAGCUGAAUUGAAAAAUUCUGUUAGUCACUAUAUUUGAAUUGUAUUCCAGGAUUGACCUGUUUUCUAGGUAGAGGAAUCAAAAUGUCUUUAUUACAUAAAUUCUCACAAAUUUUUGUUACAUAGUUUUAGAUAUGUUAAAAUUUAUAAUCAUCAUGUCAUUAACCUAUUAUCAUUGUAAAAGAACAUAGUCCACUUUUUCUGGAAAAAAUUGCUUUUUAAAGUUCUGAAUUUAUUUCCAAACUUGAUGGCUAUUUUUAUUCUACAGAUUUGGAUAUUUUGGGAAAAAUAAUCCCAAAGUAAUAAAACUGCUUGUGUGUAACCUUGACGGGUGUCUGACCGAUGGGCGGGUCUACGUAAAUCAAGAUCGUGAAUUGAUAUCCUACAAUCUGCGUGACUUUGAUGGGAUCAAAAUGUUACUGGAAAGAAAUGUGGAGGUAAUAUUUUAAUUUAAGGGCGUUUGUUCAGCAAGUGAAUUAAAGGGACCCUAUAAGUCACCAGAACAACUACAGCUUAAUGAAUUUGUUCUGGUGAGUAGAAUCAUUCCCUUCAGACUUUUUGCUGUAAACACUGUCUUUUCAGAGAAAAAUGCAGUGUUUAAAUUACAGCCUAGUGAUACCUCCACUGACCACUCCUCAGAUGGCUGCUCGAGGUGCUUCCUGGGGCAGUGCUGCACAGUGUGACUGACAUUCAGUAUCUCCACCCUGCAUGCAGACACUGAACUUUCCUCAUAGAUAUUCAUUGAUUCAAUUCAUCUCACUGAGGAGAUGCUGAUUGGCCAGCACUGGAGUUUGGCACCACCUCCACCUUUUUGACGAUCUCAACCAAUCCAGUUCUGAUGUCAGCCAAAGUGGUGGAUUGGGUGGGCCUGUAUUGGGGGACCCAUGUGGGGCUGGAAAUAAGGUAUGUUUUAACCCUUUCUAAGGGGGGUCAAGCCACCUAAACGUUGGUGUUCCUUUAAGUUUAUUUUAUAAACCACUGAAAUGAAGUAAAAGCAGAAAAAAAGGAGUGCAAAAAAUAGAAACUUACUUUCAAAUAAGUAUUAAUAAUUAAGUUCUAUUUAUUUAUUCACCCCACCUCUUUAUCUUGGAGGGCUUAAACUCUGGUGCUGCAGCUGCAUCUUCCCCCAAUAUAAUGCCAUGUGUAUAGAACAAUUGGAAACACUUUUUUUUUUUUUUUUUACUUGCAUGCUGUGAACUUCAUGGCCUGGGGUAAUUGAUAAUUAUUUGAUGAAUCUGUUGUAGGUUAGGCUAAUCUCUGAAAGGAAUCUCAGCUCCUCCCUGCUUUCUUCACUAAACCUACCUUGCAAGAUAGAGGUAAAUGUUUCAAACAAACAGCAGGCUGUUGAGAGGUGGAUGGCGAAGAUGGGAUCUUCAUGGGACCAGAUCUCGUACAUGGGUUAGUUACAUUUUCUUUAUUUUAUUUUUGUAUCAUUAUUUAAAUCGGGCUUUUCAAGUCCCCCUUUCCCUCCCUGACUUGACUCUCUGCCUCUCCUGGUGGGACUGCUGUUCCUCAUUAUUAUUCGUAUUUUAAAUUUAUUACUGGUAUUUAUAAAGCGCCAAACAUAUUCCGCAGCGCUGUACAAUUGGGGGAAAAAGACAAUACAAUAAGAACAGACCGGUACAUCCGGUAGAGGGCCCUGCCUGUGAGCUUACAAUCUAAAGGUAAACUGUGGAGGUGAGACAAAAGGUAACAGAGGAAUUUGUAUGAGAUGGCAUAGAGUUAAUGGUAUAACUGCAGCAGCUGAUAUGGAGGUGAUUGGCUCUGGUUCCAAACAGCUGGAAGAGUAUGCUGUAUAGGUACAAGGAACCGGGGUGGGUGAGUUGAGCCAAGUAAAAUUAAAUGGGGCUUCUUGCAGGGGUGGAUGUAAAACUGGCCCUAAAGGGGGAGGGGGGGAAUGGUUGAGCAGACCUGCCAUCUGAUAAAAUUACAAUAUUUGCCAACCAGAAUACUAUCAGCCAGAUUAUUAAUAAUUGCAUGUAGCCGCAAGUACAAAUUUAUACGGUGGUAUCCUACAGGUACAACUAGUAACCUUGUUACAGUAAAGCAAUAAUGUAGUAACUAAGACGAAGGAAAUCCGGUAGAAUAGCUUCUGAUUCUCGGUCUGUACCUUUAGGGCUUCUUGCAGGGGUGGAUGUAAAACUGGCUUUACCAUUAUGAAAUAGGGAAGAUGCUCUGCUCUAACAAGCCUCAAAUCCUGAUUUCAGAGCUCUAACAGUUUGACCACUCUGUCUCUCUUCUGUUGUGGCCACUUCACCCCCAUUCAAUCAGUGCCCAGGAUGUCCAUGCCUUUCUCUGUGUUGACCAUCUGGCCUUGUGUUUCUUCCAGCCGUUUGUUGUAAAUGUUUACAGCAGUCCUUCUGCUUACAGCUACACAUGUCCUUUGUCUGCCAGAGUCUAAAAUAAUAAUGGCAUUAUUGUACCUGCAGCUAGAUGAUGAGCUUGCUCCACUAUAUUCUGUAAAUAUCACUAUUUUUCUGUUUGUCUUCGAUACAGGAUGCCAGUAUUCUGACGUGGAAUGCCUGAAACUGGCUGGCACCAGUGGCGUCCCAGCGGAUGCAUGUGUGGCGGCUAAGAUGACUGAUAGCUUUGUCUGUAAAUACGGCGGAGGAUACGGAGCCAUUCUGGAGUUUGCAGAGCACAUCAUCUCUCUCUUGGAAAACCUAGGAAGUCACUAAUUUAGCAAAGUUCCUCUGUGGUAGCAAGUAGGAAACCAUUUCCAUCUGACUGAUCAAUCACAACGGCUGCUUUUAUCUAAGCUGGGAUCCAGAAUAAUGAGGUCCCAUGUGCUUGGGUUUAUCUGCAGCAAACAAUCUUUCUGUCUGGAUUUAUAUCCUGUGCUUCCCCGCUGCUCCUGCAGAGUAUACGGAUUAUUUUGUCUACAGUUUUCAGUAUGGAAUAGGUAACACUGCAGACAGACGGUCUCCUGAAAGCUGCUAUAUAUUAUUUAAUCAGACUGGUCACUCAAUUGGUGAGGUGCUACACCCGCUUAGUCUAUGUGGGGGAUAUAUUCUGAUUGUAAGUUAGAUUAUUCAGUUUACACAGUUAAUGGCUUGUGCAGGCCUUUUAUAUUGAAUAGUGCAAUGAUUUUAAACAUUUUAACAGUUUGCUUUAAGCACUGUAACCGUUUACGCUCACUGUAUUGGGUUCUAGCACAGAGUCUCCUGUAUCGGAUGGCGUUACUCAUCUGAAAUCACUUUCUAUGAGCUAAACUGCAAAAAUUCUACACGUUUCCACAAAUAGCUUAAUUUAUGCUAAAAACAUACAUUAGGCUAUUGUCCAAAUUGAGUUCAUGUUGCUUUUACAGGUUAAACUCUUGGGCUGAAUAUUCCUAAACAGAAUUGAUGGAAUAUACAUCUGCAAUCCCUGACUUGGAGAUCUGUCAUGUCCUGUACCCUGUAGAAUCCUUUUUCUUUCUCUUUUUUUGAAUUCCUUUUCAACCUAAGAUGUCAAUUCCAAUCUGGAGUAUUUUUAAUGUUCUGAGUGAUAAAAGUGAAUGUUCUGUUUUCCUAAUGGGAAUUUUUUUUAUCAUGAAUGAUAACCCACAGGAGCUUGGCAGCACAAGCGUCUGGCAGAACAAGAGAUGUUGGUUGUAGGGUUCAGAGAAUUCUGCAUCUUUUCCAUCAAGAAUUCACUUAAAAUUAACAUUUAAAAAGUGAGUGAUAAAGUCUUGUGUGUGACAGGCGUUUGGGUUAGUGAUGAUAGAAAAGCUGCAGGGUCGGCUGUGCACCGAACACCCUAAUUACAUGGAUAUCCAUCGACCAUGGUUUGCUUGUGAUAGGAGUUAACUUGCUUUGCGACACAGUGAUUUUGUCCUCUGCUCUGAUAAUCUCAUUGGAUUGUUUGGGUAAUGUUCUGUUUAAUAACCCGUUGUGCGAUUUAUCCAUUUGUCACACAUUGGUUAUGUGUAGUGAUGCCUUGCAGAGCUAGUUAAUGCAGCCCAUCUUACGUCAGAUCGUAUGAGCACCAAACACAGAUUCAUAGAACCAUAUCAACAAUAAUGAGCUUAAAUGUUUGCAGUGCUUUGUGUCCUUUGGCUAAUAUGGUAUUUUAUUAUUUCGUAUAGAAAGGAUUUAUAGCCAGAGUUACUGAUCGUGGAAUAAAACCGUUGUAAAAUCGGUUUCUUAGUCCAAAUACCCCUCCCCGGGAAUUAAUAUAAAAUUGUGCUAUUGCUAUGUUAGAACGUCAUAUUCAUUGGUAAAAAGAUACUUCAAAAUUUAAAGACUUCAUUAUAGAUUGAAGGCCUGUGCAGCAGCUUGCCAAUUGGUGUAUAUUUUAUUUAUAUUUUAAUGAUAGGAGAUUAAUUUUGAAUGUUUACCCCGCGAUUCUUGUGUCUUAUGUUUACAUUCUUUGAGUUUCUCUGUAACAGAUCAUGGGACAUUUAAUUGUGAUUUUCUUUUAAUUUGCAGAUUUUAGAGUAUUUGUUUACCAAUGUUUUCCGAUAUUUAAAGUUUCUGUCAUUCUCAAAGUGCUUUAGGAAAUGUGUAGAGGGUUUAUGAUUUCUACAUUUAUUUAUUGUACAUAUUAAGUAACCAAUAGGAAUCCUCCUUUUGACCAAAGCCAUGGAAAGUUGCGAUAGCGAUGAGCCGCCAGUAUCGUGCAUCUCCUUGAUCUGCUUCUACUCCGCUCUCCUGAAAGUAGAAACUCUUUAGCUCCACUCAGCUGUGCAGGGCCACUUAAGUGAGCACUCAUCCAAUGAGAGCAGUCCUGUCUCCAACUGCUUGGCUCUAGAUACGUUGAGGGCACCCAGAUAAAUGACCAGGUAAAACCCUGAUAAAAGAUAUAAACGGGCAAUAAAAGGUGUAUUUUGUUUGUGACAUUUUAUUCUGUUUAACCGUUGGAUUCCUUUCCUGUUCAGUGAUGAGUUCCCUAAAAGUCAAGCACCAGGAACCUGAUCCAAAUCUCUUCGAACCUCUCGUCUUCAUGUGUUAUGAAUAGGAAUUUUGUUUACCAUUUUUGAAAUGACUUUAUAUUCUUGUGGUGUCUGCAAGUUUACCGAUGUUGUAAUCAUAGUGUUAUUGUGUCAUUUUUCUAUGCUUUUUAUUAUCCUGUCAUUGAUUUGAUUUUUAUUCAGCACAUUUUCAUUUUCUGAGACAAUGUAUGAAAUUGGUGCAAUAGUUGAUUGAGCGGAAAUAAAUUUGCUGCGGUGCUGGAAGCUGUCUGCUCUUUAUUAAGUUAGAGAACAAGAUUAUUAAAUAAACUAACGUUAUGCAAAACAGGAGACAAAAAAUGUUUUAGUAGCUAGAAAUAUAGAUUUAUUGACCAUCUUUAAAAAUGACUGUAACUAUUUACUAUGUACUAUAAAGGACACAUUCACAUCUACACAUACAGUAAUUGUGAAUUAAAUUAAGACUCUAUGAAGGAAGAUGUCGUCUUAGCCCAGCAAUAAGAACAAAGGUACAGAGUCCUACAUGGUGUUUAGAUGCCUGUGGGUAUAACUGCUUUGCUUUGCCACAGGACACCAGUCCGGUCACUUUCUAUUCUGUUCACUGUAAUAAGCUUGCAGUCUGUGGGUAUAACGGCUAUUCUUUGACAUAGGACACCAGUCAGGUCACUCUGUUUCAGAAUAUAACUUUGUAUUUAAUUUGGUCACUGUAAUAAGCUUGCAGUCUGUGGGUAUAACGGCUUUGCUGUGACACAGAACACCAGUCAGAUCACUUUCUAUUUAAUCUGUUCACUGUAACAAAUUGAAACCAAUGUGGCUUAGUAGAGAAGUAAAACGAGAUUAAAAAUAAGAAAAGGGCAUUUAAAGCAUUUAAAUCAGACAAAUCAGAGGCAUCCUAUAUAAGAUAUAAGGAAGCCAACAAUACUUGCAGAAAAGGCAAUUAAAGUGGCUAAUCUAGAAAAUGAGACCUUGAUAGCCAAAUAAUGCAAAACCAACCCCAAUUUAUUUUUUCAAGUACGUACAUAUAUUAUAUAUGUACAUACAUAUUAAUAUGUAUAUAUUUAUGAAGAUCCCGUGGCAAGAGAUAUGCAAAUGAUUGCUGCAAAAAACUUGCAGAUAACUUGUGAUUGGAUGGUUUGAGACAAGGUGCUACAGCUGUUAAAGAAAAUUUAAUGUAAAUAAACCUCUGGGGCCGGACUGUAUUCACCCACGAGUACUUAAGUUGCUAAGUGGAAAAUACGUGAACUGUAUUUAAUCUUUCAAGAUUCUUUUGUUUCCGGUAUUGUACCGGAGGACUGGAGGAAGGCAGAUGUCGUUUCUAUAUUUAAAAAGGGUUCAAAAUCCUUACCUAGAAAUUAUAGACCUGUGAGCUUAACUUCUGUGACUGGGAAAAUAUUUGAAGGGCUAAUAAGGGAUAAUAUUCAGGAAUUCGUUGGGAAGAACUUUAUUAGCAAUAAUCAGCAUGGUUUUUUGAAACAUAGGUUAUGUCAAACUAACCUAACUGCAUUCUACGAAGAAGUAGAAGUAUAGAUCAGGCUGUUGCAGUGGAUGUGAUCAUCUUGGAUUUUGCCAAGGCAUUUGAUUCGGUUCCUCACAAUAGGUUAGUCUUCAAACUUAAAGAAAUUGGUCUAGAUGAAUAUUCUUGUUCUUGGGCAAAACAUUGGCUUAAGGAUAGAGUAUAACGAGUUGUCAUUAAUGGUAAAUUUUCAGGCUGGACGAAAGUGGUAAGUGGUGUCCCUCAGGGUUCUGUUCUGGGACCGCUUCGGUUUAACAUAUUUAUAAAUGAUCUUGCAAUAGGCAUUGAAAUCCAUGUUUUAGUGUUUGUAAGUGACACAAAACUUUGUAAAGUAAUAAAAUGUGAGGAGGAUAUUGCUUUUCUGCGUAGUGAUUUAGAUUGGGGGACUGGGCACUCAAAUGGCAGAUGAAAUUUAACGUAGAGAAAUGCAAAGUUAUGCACAAGCAACUUACACCCUAAAUGGUAGUGAAUUAGGGAUAACCACACACGAGAAGGAUUUGAGAAUUGUCAUAGACAACAAAUUAGGCAGCAAUAUGCAAUGUCAAUCGGCAGUUGCUAAAGCCAGUAAGGUUUUGUCACGUAUAAAUAGGGGCAUAAAUUCUCGGGAUGAAAAUAUAAUUUUGCCUCUUUAUAAAUCGCUGGUAAGACCACACCUUGAAUAUGCUGUGCAAUUUUGGGCACCUGUUCUAAAGAAGGCUAUCAUGGCACUAGAAAAAGUGCAGAGACGAGCUAAAUUGAUAAAAGGAAUGGAACAUUUUAGUUUCGAAGAAAGGUUAAAAAAAAUGUUUUGCCUGCUUUUGGAUCAACAGUAAAAACAUAUGUGAGGAAGGCUGAACUUGAUGGACGCUAUUAACUAGGUAAUAAUCUUGCAGUCUGUAGACCGUGAUUUUGUGUUAAGGUAUUAUUUAUAAUGACUUGAUACAUGGGAAUCGUGUCCUGUAAACUCUGAGCUGAUUGAAAUCUGAGUUGGAAUAUUUAGACCGAUAUGGUCGAGUUUUGACUUUAACAAAAUUGAACAAAUGUUCUAUUUCAGCCUAAACUGUUCUAUUCAGAUUUACAUUUGCUGCCGUUUGGAGGUUUGUGAAUAAACAUUACGGUGUCCUUUCCGUUCUCACUGCAGGUUUAUUGUAUUCUGAUAAACUAACUGGGUGUUAAUAAUGACAUCAGAAACUGUACAAUUACACUGUAUUCAUAAUCCUCACCUGUCAGGUGAGAGCGGAUUUGUGCAGAUUAAGUGAGAUUUUCUAAAUGUAAUUUAAAGGGAAACUGUCUUACAUAUCCCUAUGUUUAACAAGUGUAUUUGAGACCUGAGG